AUGGCUAGCGCAAGUCACUUAAGCUUUAAUCACGGAUUAAUUAUCAACGCAGAAGGAAUACAACUUUCGGAUUUUAUAACAUAUGAGCUUAAACCACAACAUGAACAUAAUUUUAUAAAAAACACAUCUUUUCAUGCAAAAUUAGUGAAUUCUAAAACAAAAAAAGAAACUUUUUUGUUUAAAAAUCACGUUGAACUUUCUAUUGAUGAUUUAGAGUAUGUUAGCCAGGUAUUUGAUGCUGAUGAGGCCAUAAGUUCUGUCAUUGACCUUUUAACCGACGAAUCUCCUACAAAUGAUAUUUUUCUAACGAUACAAUGCACGAAAGCUGAAUUAAUUAUUAAAAAAGAAUCAAUAAGACCAUCUGAUGAAUUAAAUUAUAAAGUAAAAGAAGCUCUAAAACACCAUGACCCUUAUCAUAAAUUAAUGGAUGUAUUUAAUAGUUAUGGCCAUUUUUUACCAAAAAAGAUAACUCUUGGCCAUAAAAUUUACAGAACGACUUAUUUAUCUGUAGACAAUAAUUCAUUAGAAUGUAAUGACAAAGAUAAUGUCGUAAAAUGUGCGAGUCUUGAUGAUUUUUCUGAAAGUAAAUUUGAAAAUAUCUUGAGUCGAUGGGAAAAAUUCAUGAAUUCUUAUAAUUUCGAUUUAUCUUACUUUGUAUCAAUUAAUGGUGAAUUUAUUCCGAAAAAUAAACUCAAAGAGUGGAUUAAAUUUUAUUUAGAGAGCGAUCUUGACUCAUCACAAGUUAUUAGCUGCAAAGAAUUAUUUCCAUUGUACGAAAUUUUCGACCUACAUCUUCUCCAAGAAAUUGAAGUUGUUCUUGGAAUUAAUAAACAAAUUAAAAAUCAACCUGAGUUUAAUAGUAGUAAAAGUAUUAAAGAAAGAGUUCUUAUGUCAGGAAUAUUUAUUACACGAGAUGAUGAACCAAUUGAUGAAAUUACUAUUAAAUUCGAUUUUUUGGACACAUGUGGUGAGUUUACAUAUAAGGAUCCAAAAAUUGCUUGGAUAUUAAUUGGAAUACCUGCUGAGAUUGGAUAUUAUAGCACAAUUACACGAAAAAUAAAUGUACUAGGUUUUGGUAGUGAAGA